CUUCCAAGUAACUUCAGCUUCUUUUUUUUUCUAUCUUUUUCUAAAAAAAUGAGUUUUUUCUUAGUCUCUUUAUUUUAGUUUGAGAUCUUCUCAUCUUGAUCUGGAUCUUUGAUUUUCUUUCUUCUAGCAACUCUAAGGUUCACUCACAGCUAUAGUAAACCGACAAUGAUGAAAUCUCAAGCUUGUUCUGUUCUUCUUCAGUUUGUCUCCAACCACCAAAACUCUCCUCUGAGCUCUCAAAGUGACCACGUUGCAGCUACAGCCAGCCACAUUGCUUUGAGGUUCUUUAUGACCUCGAAUCUAACGGUGGGAGGUCUAAACAGCCUGCAAUUUAAUUUUAGAUUCGAUGGAUGACAAGGAGUUCACGUCGAGUCCCUUCAUAUCACUGCUCCGCCCGUUAAGUCCCAUCACUAACGGCGUCCACAUCGAAAACUCUAACUCCGUUUCCAUCUACAGCUCCGUCAAUUCCUAAGGUUUUGAAGUUCUUUAUGAGCCCGAGUCUAAGGGUGGAAGGUCUAAACCUGCUUGUUCUUCUUCUCCGGUGACUAUAACGUUGACACCAUGUAAAGGAUCUGACAAGUCCUCGGCAUGACGAGUCCUCUGAGCUCAAGGAGGAGAUGAUAUUAAGUUGGGACAGGUUGUACAAAUGUACAUUUUUGUAUUCUGAAUUACUGCACGAAUAAUGAGAGUUGUUGUGAUAGAAAUAUCUUACUAUGAG